GCCCACGACAAGCAGCAAAUAAGCAAAAAAUUAAAGACAUGCAGACAUGGCCCGAUAGGAAGUAUUUGCAUCUCUUCGAACUCGUUGAAGCACAGCCAUGUUUGUGGAAGAGAGCCGAUCCGAAUCACGCAAAAAGAAAUGUUACAGAUGCAUCACUAAAAAAAAUUGCAAAGGCUCUUGAAUGUCAGGAAACUGAAGUGCAAGCUCGUUGGCGAAGCAUGCGUCAAACAUUUUUUAAGUAUUUGCAGAAAGAAAAGCAAACUAAAACUGUGAGAAAGAGAGAGUGGAGAUUUAUGAGUUCUUUAAGAUUUCUUCAAUGUGAAGCUACCGAAGAAGCGGGUAAUGCAGAUAAUUUGGAUGGUAGUCACUAUGAAGAUAAUAGUAACUCCAACAGCGAAGGUACUACAACAGAUGUGUCCGCAGAACAUCUACCAAAAAGAACAAAAAAGGGAUGCACCUGUUUAAAUGCCAAACCGGUUUAUACUCGUGAUAAAUAUUUUACUGAAUUAAUUUCAAGUCAAAUGAAUGAAUUCUCCGAGAAGGGAAUCGAGAUUGGCAACGCGCUUCGUCGAAUUGCCAAAAAAAACUCAAACAUGGCGGAUGAAAUGUACAUCUCAAUUCGACGAAUGAUUUUGGACAAAGAACAAAGUUUGCUCAGAUCAAGCGUUCCAUCAACAUCACAAACAACAUUAUUACCCGCAUUGGAUUUAUAUUCAAACGAUUAAACAUAUCAGUUAAUCUAAAUAAAUCUGUAAAAUGUUAACAACAAUAUAAAAGACUUU